CUUUCUCACAGGCAGGCAGCUGAAAUAGAGCAAUGCGUAGCGGGGUGAACCUGCCGAGGCAGCAGCGAUGAUGGGACGAGACCGGAGACCAAAUGACAGCUUGAGCUGGAAUCUAGGCUGAACCGCAUCCAGACACACACACCGGACCGGACUCUGUCGGGCUGCUUCACACUAUGUGACAGCUGCAGCUCUCCCUUCAGAGGCGCAAUAUAUUAUUUUUAAUUUAUUUAUUUUUUAAAUGUGAGAAUGGAUCCGGUGGAAUGGGUGCUAAAGUUGACCCGGUGGUGUCCUUUGGAGGUUGCGGCGCUCCGUCUCCAACUGGACUAGUAUUGUGGAAAUGCUGCCUCUCUCUGUCUCUGUGGGACGGUGAGAUCAUUUACAUCUGUAUAGGGCAGAAAUAACGGGAGCCGGUUGUGAAGGAGAUAACGGAAUUACCUCUCGGACCGAAGAACUGUGUGAGCGCACUGGAUCUCUCCAGGAUCUCACCCAAAUGAAGACACUGGAGACACCGAAGACACUGGACACCUUCCAGUCAAUUGUUUUAUAGGUAGACUUCUUUUUGCAUGUUGUUUUUUGUCCCCUAGAAAUAAACCACAAUUCAUGCAAUUGCACUGCAUGAGCCGUUAAUCCGCACAUGUAUGAAAAACGUUCAGUUAAAUUGUACUUUUUAUUGUGUGGAUUAAAUGCACAAGGCUGUUCCACAUAGUGUGAGCAUUGUGAGUGUGCAAUGUGCAUUCUUUUUGAUUAUGAUUCCUGUCACCAGCUGGACAUAAAGAGCAUUAUUAGCCUUUAGAUAUAGCCGGUAAUGACAUAAAGAAUCACACAAGAGAGAGAAUAUGACGCCAAGGUGUAACAUUAGUAGUUUUUGUUAAUUAUUAAUCUCAUGAACCUUUUACGCGCACCUCUCCAAUGGAUGCAUGUUGCCAAAAGGUCAAGUCAUUUUGCGUAAAAAAGCGCAUUUAGGAGGCAAUGACUUGGAAACAUCAGUGCACGGAUGAAAGGAAACUUAUUGCACCUGCACUUGUUUGAUGGAGUUGCGUUUUACGCACCGGAAAGCAUGCGCCCUACAAAUAUGGAGAUCUUCUAGGUCUGUCUUCUUCUUCUUUUCUAAAAAGUUUUGCAUCAAAGAUGCAUGGCUUUUUUUAUGAGACAGUCUGCUACAAAUAGACAUUUUUUAAUCUGGUGAGUUUUUUUUUUUUUUGGUUGGAAAUCAUGAUGUGGAUCCACCUGAUGUGGUGAUUUUCUUGCUGUUUCCAUGCGCCUUUCUUCUCCUCCAGACCUCUGGACGUUGUUGUGGAUUGUGUUGCUCUUUAAUGCGAUGGGCUGCAUCCAGAGUAUCAGGUGUAAGCCCAAGAGUUUCCGAGACAGUGUCGUCGUCCAGGAGGUGAACACGUCCAUCGACCCAAACCCCACCAGCAUCGACGAGUCCUCCAGUGUGGUCCUGCGCUACCGGACGCCGCACUUCAGAGCUCACGCCCGGGUCCUGGUGCCACCAGUAGCCGGUAAAGAGACGUGGACCAUCGGCUGGAUUCAAGCCUGUAACCACAUGGAGUUCUACAAUACAUAUGGAAGCAAAGGGAUGUCGAGUUGGGAGCUCCCCGACCUGCGUGAGGGCAAAAUCCAGGCCAUCAGCGACUCGGAUGGGGUGAACUACCCGUGGUACGGCAACACCACGGAGACAUGCACUGUGGUAGGCCCCACCAAGAAGGACAGCAAGUUCACUGUUAGUAUGAAUGACAAUUUCUACCCCAGCGUGACCUGGGGUGUGCCCGUCAGCGACAGCAACGUGCCUCAGCUUAGCAGCAUCCGCCGAGACCAGAGCUUUACGACCUGGCUUGUGGCCAUCAACCAGGCCACCUCAGAGACACUCGUCCUGCAGACAAUCCGCUGGAGGAUGCGGCUUCACAUCCACGUGGACCCGGAGAAACCUCUGGGUCACAGGGCCGUUCUGAACGAGCCCGUGUCCCAGGAUCAGCCCCAGAUCCUGGGCAAGAACGAGUCCAUCCCCUCUAACGCCACGGUCAAGCCCAACGCCAACGAUGCCCAGGUGCUGAUGUGGCGGCCAAAGAACGGUGACCCCGUGGUGGUCAUCCCACCCAAAUACUGACCUGUUUCACUGACCAGACUGGCCUUGGAUACCUUAACAGUAUCAUCUCUUAUUUCUUUUGUUCCUGCUCAUCACCAGCUCUCACCGCUUUAACCCUUUCCCUCUUUUUUUUGCCUCUAUAUUCUUCUCUCUUAUGUUUAAAAAAAAAAAAAAAGACAGAGAGAAAAACAGGCAAA